AUGCCUAUACCGCAGAUCGCUCGACUGAGCGGCGAAUCAGUCUCUGCCAGGGACGCCCAAGCAAUAAUCGAUGAGAAAAUUACCGAAGCAGCCAUCCGAGAGCUACGAACCCAAAGAAAUAUCCAUAGUCCCAUCUCCAAGCUGCCAACAGAACUCCUUAGCGAGAUCUUUGUUCUGGCGAAGCUCGCGUCUCAUACAAACACACGUCAAGGGAGCUGGUUGAAUGUGGCAUGCGUGUGUCGGAAUUGGCGGGAUAUCGCUGUCAAUGAAGCCCGCAUGUGGAAUACCUUCGAACUUAUGGGGAUGCACCUUGACUGGGCCAAAACAAUGCUAACACGCUCGAAAGACGCGCCUCUCUCUAUUCAUUUCUUUCCCCUCAGAUAUGAACCCGAUACCGUCAAACUUGUUAUGUCGCAGAUCUCCAGAACUCAAGACUUGCUGAUUUGUGCCGACAACUCCCGCCUUUGGGAAGUCAUGGAAAUCGCAAUAGCCCAUGCCACACCUGACGUCCCGACUAGGUUACAGUCUUUGGUACUAUGCAACAUAUCACCGCUUGCAUCAGAAUCAAUGCACCGAGUUUUUGCGGCUGUACAGAUGCCUUUGAUACUGGACCUCCAGCUAUAUGGCAUCCGUCUACCCACGAUCCCACCUAUGCCUCUCCUACGCCGAUUCUACUACGAUCAGAAUUCUUUCGGCUCUGAGUCAAUGGCCACGCUCCUGUCGUCUCUGCAAAAUACUCCUUGCUUGGAGGAUCUCGAUGUUGGAUGUACGUUCGACGCCUCUGCCGAAGAGAUGAUCCAUUAUGGACCGGUCCAACUCCCCAAACUCAAGGCUAUAUCCUUCAGGACAAACAGGUUCGAGUAUUUCUCCCUGUUGCAAUGCAUUCGCUAUCCACCAUCUUCGUUGGUCCGAUUUAAAUCCAAGAGGGCCCCAGUGCAACUUGCAGAUAUCAACAACGUUUCGGGUAUAGUCUCCCGCUUCGCAAGCAGUGACGUUGCUGCGAAUAUCAACAGCAUAAGUUUGCUGAACGAAGGUGGUCCUGGGCUGCGCUUAACAGCGUGGAUUAGCAAUGUCCCAGCGCUCGAUAUACAUUGCCCAAUUUCGGAACGUGAUACAUUGCCAUUAUUCAACCUCUGCGAAAUGCUCCCGGCUUCCAAAGUCCGAACCUUCCGCAUCAACAACUUCGCGUCAAUCAACGAGACAAUUGGGCCAGGGUUUUCAGACGAUUUGAACAAGUGA